CUAUUGGCUGGAGUCGGCGGAUCCCACAGUAAAACCCUCCUUUUUGGAAAAAGACCAGACUUCAAAUGAUGUUUUAAAGUCCGCCUGCAUUCCUCACUCUUGCGCGUUUCUCGUGCUCUCUCGCCCUUACACCAGAAACCUGAGAGAUUCAACCUCCUGUUCAGCGAAAAGCCACAAAGGUAAAGUGAAAGGCGGUGUUGUGUGCUGUCUAUCUCUCUCUUCCUCUGUCUACUACACAUGGCUUCCACACUCUUGACUCGCCAGCUGGCCGUCUCCCUUCAGCAGAAUCUGCGUCUUGCCACUCCAGGUUGCAGAUAUGUCAGCAAAACUGCCACAAAGACUGUGUCAGAGUUUGAAUAUGACGCCCCUUCCAUGAAGACUCCCAUGCCAGGUCCAAAGUCCCAGGAGCUGACGAGACAACUCGGAGAGAUUCAGAAUGUUGGAGCGAUUCAUUUCUUCUGUAACUAUGAGGAGAGCAGGGGGAACUACCUGGUGGAUGUGGACGGCAAUCGAAUGCUGGAUGUUUACACACAAAUCUCCUCUAUCCCCAUCGGUUACAAUCAUCCAGCUUUAAUAAAAGUGAUGACCAAUCCAAACAAUGUGAGUGCAUUUGUCAACCGGCCUGCGCUUGGAAUUUUGCCGCCCGAGAACUUUCCGGACAAACUGAUCGAGAGCCUUCUGUCGAUUGCCCCCAGUGGGAUGACCCGAGUACAGACCAUGGCCUGUGGCUCCUGCUCGAAUGAGAAUGCUUUCAAGGCCAUGUUUAUCUGGUACAGAAAUAAAGAGAGAGGACACAGCAACCCCUCUGAGGAGGACAUUGGUACCUGCAUGAUCAACCAGAGCCCAGGAUGCCCAGAUUUAAGCAUCUUGUCUUUUAUGGGAGGUUUUCACGGGAGAACUUUGGGUUGCUUGGCCACAACACAUUCCAAAGUCAUUCACAAGCUUGACAUUCCGUCCUUCGACUGGCCCAUCGCACCCUUCCCUAAACUGCAGUAUCCUCUGGAGGAGUUUGUAAGGGAGAAUGAGCAGGAAGAGGCCCGCUGCCUAGAGGAGGUGGAGGAUCUCAUUGUGAAGUGGAGGCAGAAGGGCAAACCAGUGGCAGGCAUUGUGAUAGAGCCCAUCCAGGCAGAGGGAGGAGACAACCACGCCUCCCCUGACUUCUUCAUCAAACUCCGCAAUAUCGCACGCAAGCAUGGCUGUGGUUUCCAUGUGGAUGAGGUGCAGACUGGUGGAGGAGCUACAGGCAAAUUAUGGGCCCAUGAGCAUUGGGGUCUGGAUGACCCUGCAGAUGUGGUCUCCUUCAGCAAGAAGCUGCUCACAGGAGGAUACUUCCAUAGAGAUGAACUGCUACCAGACAAGCCCUACAGAAUCUUCAACACAUGGAUGGGAGACCCCUCAAAGAAUCUGUUCUUAGCCGAGGUGCUCAAUGUGAUCAGAAGAGAGAACCUUCUGGAAGAGGUCACUCGCUCGGGAAAGGCUCUUUUGCAGGGUCUUUAUGCACUGCAGACCCAGUACCCUAAUAUCCUGAGCAGGGCCCGUGGCCAGGGUACCUUCUGUGCCAUAGAUGCCUGUGAUGAUGCCACCCGUAACACUAUCAUGCUUAAGGCCAGGGACAAGGGCGUUCUCCUGGGUUCCUGUGGAGAAAGGUCCAUCCGUUUCCGCCCCGCUCUAGUCUUCAAGGAGUAUCAUGUUCAUCAGCUCUUGAACAUCCUGAAUGACGUCCUGGCUGAGCAGAAACAGAGACCUGGCUGCCAGGUCAGCCACCAGUAAGAAGCAUAGAGGUCCAAACCCAUAGUGGGUUUAUACCAGCCUGUCACAAAUAAUUUGUCUCUCUUUCUCUCAGCCGCUCUCCUCUUACUAUUUUUCUUUUUUUUUUUUUAAAGAUAGAAAUAUGCUUUCUUUCUUUAUUAAUUAGUCAGACACAGAUGUCAACUUUGUGCCAUAUUCUCUUCUUUUACCAAAAGUGGCCAGAUUGAAGAAUAAUGAGUAAACAGUUAGGAAUUAUCCUGGUUAUAACACCCCCCAAAUCUAUGGUCACUCCAAUUGUGUAUUGAUAAAAAAAAAAAAAAAAAAAAAAAAAGCCUAAACAGUCUUUUGCACAUCUCUCAUAUGUUGCAAUUUUGUCUGUAAACUGCAGAAAGAAGUUACUCAGGACCAGAGAAACAGUUACAGUAUGAGCUCACAGAGACAGGACAGGAUUUCUAAUUGCAAUAUUUCUGCUAACCUCUAUUUUUUACCAGCAGAGGCUGUCCAGGUCUUAAUGUUUGGAAGUUAACAUGAAAGAAGUGGUCCCACAGUAUGUAAACACUCAAAAUUCUUGCAGAAGUUCUUGCCAGCAUGGAAAGAAAGCUGCAGUCAUAAAACAUGACAUUUACAGAGAUGAAAACACGUCCGUAAAAUAGAUACUAGUUUAGUAUCUAUAGUGAAAUAGCUGCACUGGAAAUGUUUAUAGUGUGAUUUUGCAUGAUGACAGAUUCGAAUUUAUAGAGAACCUGAAUAUGAUGGUCCUCUCUGAAUUAGAAGCAUGUGUGAGAGUCUUAAAAUCAUUAUGGAAAAGAUGGUUGACUGAUUGCAUCCUGAGAGCCAAUGGAAAUCUGGAAGUGAUAAAGGAGGUACAGAGAACUGUGGAGCCUCUAUUCCUGUUUUAAUUCAAAAACCUCAUAUAACCACAACCAAUCAGCAAGUCCCUUUAUCAAAGGAGAAUGCCUAAUCGUAUUAUUCUUUUAAGGAAAAGUUAAACCAAAAAUGAAAAUUGUCAAUUUAUUCACCCUCCUGUUGUUUCAAACCUGUAGGACUUUUUUUUCUAUGUCAGGCGGUAUGUUAGUCUCAGUCACCAUUCACUUUCAUUGCUUUUUUUUUUCUCCAAACAAUGAAAGUGAAUGAUGACUAAGGCUGCCAUUCUGCCUAACAUCUCCUUGACGUGGAAUUAAGAUAGUCAUACAGGUUUGGAAUGACAUAAUUAAAUAACAUAAUUUUCAUUUUUGGUUGAACUGUCCCUUUAAAACAGAGAUUAGCAAAAUGUAAUCAUAAAGAUCCAUUGUCUUUACUGUGAAGAGAGGCCAAAACAUUUAAAGCACAAGCUUGUGAAACUGUGGAUUACGUGAGAGCCAAUUCUGUCUACAGGUAUGCCAAAAUCCGAUAACAGGGUUUCACAGUUUACCAUGACAGGCCAUAAAUCUGGAUCCACCAACA